AUGCGCUACUUUCACAAGCUUCGCAACAAGUUCUACUGCCCUAUCGUCAACGUUGACAAGCUCUGGUCACUGAUUUUGGGGAAGGGGAAGCUGCCGGCAGACCGGCCGGUGGUGGUGAAGACUAAGCUUAUUUCAAAGGUUGCGGAGAAGAAGAUCAAAGAGGCUGGUGGCACUGUGGUUCUCAGUUUUUUGCUUUGUUAUUUAUAUAUGGAUUUUGAAAAUUUUGAUUGGAUUUAUGAUUAG